AUGGCUGUAAUGUUGUACUGUACACCACCAGGCCUCCAGACCCCAUCUUCCUGCGGCACUUUCCGGGCCGGGCUUCAUUGUAUUGCCCGGCCCGCGUCCCGCCUCCGAGCUCUCGGGUGCCUCGGCGCGCGCGGUGCCGCGAUGUCCGUGCGCCUUCCCUACGGGCGGCUGGCCGCUGGGCCGCCAGACGGCCAGGCGGCGCCCGCGUGGCGGCUCGCCAGGCUGAGGCUCGCCGCCGGCUCGCUGGCGGCGUGCACCGGAGCCGGAGCCCUGGCCGUGGCGGGCUGGCACGCGGGCGCGCGGCUGCCCGCAGCCCCAGAGGCGCGCGCGCCCAACCCCGGCGGGCCUCCCAGCGGGCAGGGGGCUGGCGGCGGCGAGGAGGCGCUCGUCGAGGGCGCGGGCGCUUGCGGGAGCACGUGCGUGGGCCACACGUGCGACUACUGGCUGGAGACCAACCCGUUCGCGUCCUGCGAGGUGCUGGAGGGCCGGGGCUGCGACUGCUCUGGCUGCCGCGGCUGCGCGGGGGGUGGCGGCGGUGCGAGGGGUGGUUCGGCUCCUGCGAGGGGUAUCUUGGAGGGCAGGGCAGCUGCGCCCAUCAUUUCCGAACCCGUGGUUGGACCCCGGCGCGUGCGGCAUGUCUGA